CCCCACGCGACGCAACACAACACAGGAGCUCCACCUCGUGGGGUUUGGGGGCUUUCCGGUUCGGUGACCUGGUGGGAUGCGCCACCUGCUCCUCCGCUGCGGCAUGGCUCCUCUCCUCCACGGCUCCGCCGCCUCCACCACCAAAGCCCUCCUCUUAAACCCCGCCGCCCGUCCCCUGUCCCGCGCCCUCGCCGCCCCGCUCGCCUUCGUCCCUGCCCCGGGAGGCCGCGCGUUCCGCGGCGCCUCGCUCCGCUGCUAUGCCGCCGCCGCGGUGGCCGAGCAGCAGCACCGCAUCAAGGUCCACAACCCCAUCGUCGAGAUGGACGGUGACGAGAUGACGCGGGUCAUUUGGAAGAUGAUAAAGGAUAAGCUCAUCUUCCCUUACCUGGAGCUGGAUAUCAAGUAUUUCGACCUUGGGGUGCUCAACCGGGACGCUACCGAUGAUAAGGUCACUGUAGAAAGUGCCGAGGCUACGUUGGAGUACAAUGUAGCUGUUAAGUGUGCUACCAUCACACCUGAUGAAACAAGAGUUAAAGAGUUCAAACUCAAGUCAAUGUGGAGGAGCCCAAAUGGCACCAUCAGAAAUAUUCUAAAUGGAACCGUUUUCCGGGAGCCCAUCUUGUGUAAAAAUAUACCACGAAUACUUUCUGGUUGGAAGAAUCCCAUUUGCAUUGGAAGGCAUGCAUUUGGAGACCAGUAUCGAGCUACUGAUACAAUAGUUAAUGGUCCAGGAAAGCUUAAAAUGGUUUUUGUCCCAGAUGGAGCUGAACCUGUGGAGCUAAAUGUUUAUGAUUUUAAAGGGCCUGGUGUGGCUUUAUCAAUGUAUAAUGUGGAUGAGUCUAUUAGAGCUUUUGCUGAGUCCUCAAUGGCAAUGGCACUUUCCAAAAAAUGGCCUCUUUAUCUCAGCACCAAGAACACAAUAUUGAAGAAAUAUGAUGGCAGAUUUAAGGACAUUUUCCAGGAGGUAUAUGAAGAGAAAUGGAGGGAGAAAUUCGAGGAAAACUCAAUCUGGUAUGAGCACCGGUUGAUUGAUGACAUGGUGGCAUAUGCUGUGAAAAGUGAAGGUGGAUAUGUCUGGGCGUGCAAAAACUAUGACGGCGAUGUUCAGAGUGACUUUCUUGCCCAAGGUUUUGGUUCCUUGGGUCUGAUGUCAUCCGUUUUGUUAUCUUCUGAUGGGAAAACAUUAGAAGCUGAGGCUGCUCAUGGGACUGUCACUAGACAUUUCAGGUUACAUCAGAAGGGACAGGAGACAAGUACCAAUAGCAUUGCUUCUAUAUUUGCUUGGACUCGUGGACUAGAACAUAGAGCAAAGCUGGAUAAAAAUGAUAGGCUGCUGGAUUUCACGAAGAAACUUGAAUCUGCAUGUAUUGAAACAGUUGAAUCAGGGAAAAUGACAAAGGAUCUUGCACUCCUUAUCCAUGGCCCUAAGGUAACAAGGGACUAUUACCUGAGCACCGAAGAAUUCAUUGAUGCUGUGGCUCAGCAACUGCGUGAAAAGAUUCAAAUACCAGCUGCGGUUUAAUCCUCAAUAUGCAAAGUCUGUCUGGUUGGAAGCCUGUCAUUGGGUGAAGCAGCUUCACCCUAGCUGUGCAUUGGCACAUAUUUUGAUUGGGGUGAUGAGACGGAAGAAUGGAAGAGCCCAUAAAACCGUUUGCGUUAAAGCAAAUUUUGAUUCAGCCUGACCGUUUCAUCGUUUUAAACUGUUAAUAAUCUGCAAUAGCUAGGGGUCAUUUCCCUACUCCAACCGUCAUGUUUGGUUAAACAAUGGUUCAUAGGCUGCCGAUUCAGAACUACCUUGAAGUCAAUAUAUUAGAGUAGUCUCUCCUA